CAGUGUUAGACAGACAGACCCAGGCAGACUAAUAGCAACAGGGUGGAACGGCCAAGGUCGGCUCUGAGAUGGACCGUGGCAAGGGACGCGGCGCUGCCAGACGAAAGAAAAGUCCAGAACCACAGUCUCCAAUUAGCAAACGGGUACGAACAGAGAACAAUGCGAGCCCCAAGGGAUCACCAGUGCCAAAGCUUUCAGGUCGGCCCCUUAGACCUCGUAAGAAACCCAUACCUGAUAUUGUCCUUCGUAGCCGCACUAAUAAUAAGGUGAAAAUCCAUGAGGAUUACACCUGCAUGCUUUACAAGACAGAAAAGGAAGAAACCAAGUACUGUCUCCUGCAGGUGGCAUGUUUCAAAGAAAAAUACGUCUUCUUUAUGCGCUCAGGACUCAAGGGAGAAGACGGCAAAUGGCAUGCAGCCCGAGAACCCAACAUGAAGGAGGCGAUGAAGUCUUUCAAAAAAAUGUUCCGAGAGAAAACCGGGGUCGGCUGGAAUAACAGGGACAGUUUCGUUGCUCAGCCGGGAAAGUAUAUCCUCGCUGAAAAAGACACAAACAAGGUCACCCUCGAGAAACUUAAUGAGAAGCUAUUUGACAAAACCGAAGAGAUAUUUAAUGAUAUUGAAAAGGCAGUUAAGUUCAGAAAGCCGCCAUCAGUCCUUAGAGAGCUGUGGACAAAAUUCUACCAAACUGUCGUCCACCAAGACCAGGAAAGGGGAAGCUGUCCUCAGCAGGCCGUCGAUAAUCCAGAAGUUCAUCUGUACAAAAAGAAGGAAUUAAUGUCUAUCCUAAGUGAUACGAGAUUAACUUUUAAUGCAUUAGAAGAGAUUGGACACAUGAGUUUAGAAGAGCAGUUUCAUCAACUUGGAUGUAAGCUUAGACUUCUGGAAAAAGAUAGUGAGGAAUAUAAGCUUCUGGAGGAGUACGCAGGCGCUUGUCCAAACUCUCGCCGGGGAACUCUGUUAGACGUGUGGUCUGUGCAUCGUCCCCAAGACAAGAUCAGGGCUGAAGAGCAUGCAAAACUGGACUACCGUAAACUUCUCUGGUAUGGAGUAAACGUGGCACAGAUGGCUGCUGUACUUCAGCAUGGAUUACGGAUCACGGCGUUUUCCGGGGGAAGCUUGGGCAAGGGAAUUUACUUAACUCCGGAACAUGCGAAGGCCUCGUGGAACGUGGGUGUUCACUGGGGAAAGUACGAAGAUGAACGGAAUGUUGGUUUCAUGUUCCUUGUGGAGACUGCACUCGGCAGAAUGAGGUACAUCAAAAUGGGUAACAGUUCGCUGACCAGACCUCCAGAUGGCUUCAAUUCUAUAGCUGCCAAGGGAAGAUUAGAACCAGUGGGUGUUCACUGGGGAAAGUACGAAGAUGAACGGAAUGUUGGUUUCAUGUUCCUUGUGGAGACUGCACUCGGCAGAAUGAGGUACAUCAAAAUGGGUAACAGUUCGCUGACCAGACCUCCAGAUGGCUUCAAUUCUAUAGCUGCCAAGGGAAGAUUAGAACCAGUUGUCUUUGAUAUUGUUGUCUUUGAUAUUGUGGGUGUUCACUGGGGAAAGUACGAAGAUGAACGGAAUGUUGGUUUCAUGUUCCUUGUGGAGACUGCACUCGGCAGAAUGAGGUACAUCAAAAUGGGUAACAGUUCGCUGACCAGACCUCCAGAUGGCUUCAAUUCUAUAGCUGCCAAGGGAAGAUUAGAACCAGUUGUCUUUGAUAUUGUGGGUGUUCACUGGGGAAAGUACGAAGAUGAACGGAAUGUUGGUUUCAUGUUCCUUGUGGAGACUGCACUCGGCAGAAUGAGGUACAUCAAAAUGGGUAACAGUUCGCUGACCAGACCUCCAGAUGGCUUCAAUUCUAUAGCUGCCAAGGGAAGAUUAGAACCAGAUCCAUCAAAUGACGAGAUGAGGAAAUUUGACGGCAAGAGAGUAGUGGUACCCAUUGGACCUCCUGUGCCACAGAAAGAAUUCGAGGCAAGCGGCUUCUUACAGAGCCAGUAUGUGGUCUAUGAUGAAGGGCAGGUGCAGCUUCGAUAUCUUACAAAGUUUUCAUUUGCUUAAGAGAUGAAUCCUGUGAUAUAUAUAUAUAGAUGUCUAGUAUGCUUUUUGUUUGUUGAUGUUAGGGGUUUAUUUUUUUUUGCCAUAUAUAUUUAUUAUUUUAUGUUUCACUUCCUAUCAAGUAUUUGAUAAAUAUUCCAUAGAUCUGAUAAGUUCAAUAAGUUAUUUAUCCAUAGCUCAUACUGUUCAUACAUAUUGUUAGUUAUCAUGGAAGAUAAUGCACAAAAUGUAUUUCAUGACAUGACCUGUAUGUGUGCAUAUGAUAUAUGCAUGCAUGCACACACACACACACUCACUCAAAUGGAUAUAUAUUAUAAUGGAGUUUAAUGGCAUUUCUAGUGUUUAUUUUGAAAUUGCUAUCAAGAAAAUUAAUAUUCCUUAGUUAUUUUUCCUUAAUAUGUAUACUUUCUCUCAUUUUUCAUAUAGGUUUCAUUCAAACUGUGAACAGUGUUGUGUAUAUAGUCAGUGUGUGUACUAUGUAGUGGUAGUCCUCUGAUUUUCGUUUUUUAUCCUAUUUCCUGUUAUUUUUUUCUGUAUAAUGUUUAUUGCCAUCUCAAAAAGUGUUUAAAAGGAAGUUCAAAAAACAGCUGGUAAAGGACCAAUAAGGUGCAGAAAUAACCAAAGAUAAGGGACCAAGGUAUAAGGUAUAAUAUGCAAAUGGGCCAGUAUUGCAAUUUGGACCGUCUAUUCUGAAAAUACAUUGAGACUGUAUUGAAAACUUGUAAUGUUGCAAGGGGGGGAAUGAAAAAAAAAUAAAUAAAUAAAUAAAAAAAAGAAACACAAAUCUCUUAGCAUAUGCACUAAAUGUUACUGAUUAUGGAAGUAAUGUAUUACUUGUUAAUUUUUACAAGAAAUUGUUUGUAAUUCACAGGUUGCAAACGUAGGGAGUUGAGGAUUUUGUUCUCCAGAUAUUAUUAUUAUUAUUCAGAUCUGAAUAUUUUUUCUUCUUUUCAUAAUGUAUUGAUCAUUAUAGUUUUCAGGAUUACUUUCAAGGCUUUUUUCCCCACAGUAUCUGUUUUUCAGCAGUAAAUAAUAUCAAAACUAGAUAUUACAAAAAAAAAGGAAUUUUGUAGUAUUACUGAGAAUUAGUCAAAGGACAGCUGUCUUGAUAGGAUCUCAUAAGCUUCUUUUCUUUUAUGUUUGUGAUAACAUCAGUGUAUCAUUAUGAUAAAUAAUAAAGUUAACAGAAGAGUA